AUGACGUCCCAAAUUGAAGAAACGUUCACUAGAGCGGCGUUUUACGAAAUUUGUUCAAACUCUAAAGUCUUGCGACAUAUAAAUUUGAAAAAUACGUCGUUGACGGAUCUCCAAGAAUCGAUCAACAUGCAUCAAGCUUUGCGGUUACGACACAUACCGAUAUUAUUAGCAAAACUAGUGACGGAAUUCGCAAUCGACGUGAUCGUAAAACCAUAUCCGGUGUGUCGGACGUACUUGAACCCGAUAACAUACAGGUUCGUGUGGAAAACGAUGAAAUGGCAUGCAUAG